AUGCACCACUUUCACUUUGGCGACCUUACGAAGGCUGGGUCGGUUGACAUAACCGACGGGAAGAUUACGUGUACGGUGACUAACAACCCGCACAACAAGAUUAGGGAGAAGCAGGCGGCCGACGCAAAGAAGGCGGCUGAGGCCAAGAAUAAAAAGAACGCCGAGCGUUUCCUGGCACUUUACUACGGCCACCGCGAACAUGACAAGCACAAGUAG